GCGCCUAUUCCCAUACCUUAUAAGCAUUUCAAACUUAAUUAGCAAAUGCAUGACAGGUGAUAAGACUGUGCUUAAACUCUAAACUCUCCCAUCAAAACUUCUCCCCAGUUUUAUUUUAUUCAUCUAUUUUCUUGGCCUAGGCAAAGGUCGCUGGUGAUAUACAUAUAGCUGCGGCACGGUCACUGUUGGUUUCACCCGAGGGGUAGUUAUCUAUAUCUUUUUUCUCUCUCUACUCAUUUGUCUUACGCCUUACGAAAUUACGAAAUCAUUUGACGAAUUUUACGACUACGCCUUGUUCUCGGUAGAUCUAGAUACAUUAUAUCUAAGAUCCCUAGGCCACCUGCGACUUUUUUGUGACCCAAUUUCAAAGUCUCGAUUCAUAAACGAACACUCAACAUUCAAAUAUAUACCCUCGUACCACGGACCAGAAUACAGUCAAGGAAGACUUUAUUAAGAAUCCUACCAAAUCUCCGAUUAUGAUGCUGGCACCUGUUCAAGAGUGCUCCCCUAUAGUCAUGUCUUUCCCUCCUCGGCAUUCGUCACCACCAAAGAGACCGAAGUUGUCUUUACAGAUCAAGACCCCAUCUGCUCCACAAACCAUCGGAAAGUCUUCCACAGCAUUAAAAUCCGACCUUAAUCCAUCGUCACCAACUGCAUUUAACACACUUUCAAAUGCAUACGCAACAGCAAUCGAAAAUGCCUCACCACAAAUACCAAAGCCGGCAGGCCUUGAAGCUAGGCCUUCCUUGAGAAUUCAACCUAUGCCUUCACGACUUCAGACGACACGACUUCAAACGAACAUAAAAGCAGAGGAUGGAUAUAUACAUCCAUCAGAGCGAACUGCCACUCCUGGACCAUUUGCGAUAUCAUAUCCUGAUACCCCAAAUUCAGCUCACCCAGAUUCAGCUCACCCCAAAGAUUCCCUAAACUUCACAUUUACCCCUCCACAUUCAGCUGGCUCAUCCGAUAAGAAGAUGUUUACCUUUGCAUCUCAAGCUUCGAAUAGUGCAUCGCCGCGAAGCAUGAGACGGCUUACUCCAUAUACACAUCCCAAAUCACUCCACAGUAUCCUUCGAAACUCACCACUUCCACCUCCAAGCGCCGUCGCACCUGCAACACCAAAUACUGCAAGCCGACUCGCGAUGCGAUUAGCAAACAAAGGCACGAAGAAAGUAGAAUACGACGACCCUUUGACCCAAACCAUCACCACUAAUAAAUAUGUAAAAUCGCACAUCGAUCUUCUUUCCGAAGACUCUCCUCAUUCCGCUACAGAUCCCGAAUUUGCCAUCUUAGACACUCUCGACACAACCAUGCAAUACACUGGUGACGAAACACGCGAUGGAGGACAAACCCCAGGGCCAUUUGAAGAAAUGCGAAGAAGAAUGGCCGAGAGUGGGUUAGAAACUCCCGGGCUGCGAAAACGUAAGCGCAAGGACAAGAAGAGAAAGUGGAGAUGGACAAUAGGAGAUGGGGAGGAUAGUGAUGCGCAAACAACUCCUACGACUGCGUUGGAGAGAACACCGAUCACAUCGAUUUGGAUGGGCGGAGAAAUAACAAAUGGGGAUUCCACAAUGCUUGGGAAUGGGAAUGGGAAUGUUGAACAGGAAACUAUUUCGAAGGAUGGAAAUAAUAAUGCUCCGUCGGAUGAAACGCUUAGGAUGAGUAGGAAGAGGAUCUCUUUGGGAAAUUUCGUAGGAGGCAGGAUAGAUGAGGGUAAUGAUGAUCGUGAUAGGCGAACACAGUCCGUGGAACUAUUUACCGAUUCGGAGAUGUCAGAAGAGGGUAGCGAAAGACCUGGUUCAUCACAUUCUCUCUAGUUUAUAGUUUUACGAUGAAUGAUAUUAUCACCUACAAAGGUUAUUUUGUAAACAUCAGUGUAAGCACACCUGUCUUGAUGCAUCAGACUGGUGCUAUGCAUGAGGGAGGAGUUGUAUUCUUUGGAUAUGAGGUUUGAUUUCCACUUAUAUAAUUUGAUACAUAGUAUUCUGUCAUAAAACAUAUAGAAGAUCUUGUCCGAACUACUUGGGGUUAUCAACACAUUCUAUCCGUCCGUCCCACUGCCAGUGCUGAGGGAAGUUACCACAUCUCCCUUCCAGAUAGAUGGAAUGAAAAUAUAGAACAGAAAAAGACCCCUA